UUGGAGGGGAAAUAAGUGUCGCGACAAUGGAUAUAAAAGCGCGUCGCUUCGAACCAAAAUCAUCGCAGUCUUCGAAGCGUUAUCAAAUCAAACCAGCCCAACACACUCUCUCUCUCAACAUGAUGACCAAGUGCCUCAUCUUCUUCGCCGCCCUCGUGGCUCUCUGCUCCGGAGGAGCCGUACCUCUGGCGGUCCCGGCCGCCGUUCCGGCAGCUUUGACCGUUGGUACUUACGCCACCAGUUACAACGCACACGCUGUAAACCACGCCGUGGCUGCUCCUUACGUAGCGGCAGCAGCACCGGCUCCUCUGGCUUACUCGGCUUAUCCGGCACUUUCUCCGUACUCGGCUUAUCCGGCUCUCGGUGCCUACUCCGCGUAUCCGGCGCUCACCCCUUAUUCCGCACCCCUUUUGGCCGGACGUCGUUAAAACUCCCGAAUAACGACUGACGAUCGUCGAACUUGUAUGAAAUAUCGAACCGGAGAGUGGGAGAGUGCAGAUCAAAUGGAGAGCGGGUGCCGCAUAGAUUUCCGGCUUUUAAAAAUCGCUCGAGAGCUGGCCCACCUUAGCGACUACAGCCGCUCCAAGAAAUUGGGAAAUGUUAAAACUGGGAGAAAGAUGAACGAAGGAUAGCGUACCACCUGAGGAAAUUACACCGAAAACUUGGGACGAACUUGGAGGGCAGGGAGGAAAAUAGUCGAGCUUCCAUCCGACACUUGGUCUCUGCGGUGACUGGAACUGUGAUCGAAAAAUUAUUUUUAAUUUUUAAAUCGUCAUCAACCUACUUCCGGAAAGAUAUUGUCAUUUUUACAAGACGAUUGUUGAAAUAAAAGAAAUUCAGACAAGAAA